UCCACGAUCACGUCAACUUUCACGUGCGUUUUGCGGUCUUGAUGACCAUCAUCUCAAACCAAGAUCCAUCAAAUUUGUUUCGCUUCUCCUUUUUAUUGUUUUUGUGUUAAUUUUCGUUCCAUUUCACUUCGACAUACGUUUUCUUCAUUUAAUAGGUUUCAGUUUGGUUCUCGAUUCCUAAAUCAAUCAUCAUUCCGCAAUUAGGAAAAUUCUCGUUCUUCAAAACGAUAUAUCUUUUCUUUAAAAACUGCCUUCUCUUCAUUGGGAGCCACAUUUGGGAUAUGGUUUUAUUUUUCUUCAAAUUAUUUACUAUCGAAUGACAGAAGUGUCUUUUGCACAAACACGUUUUCCUAACCGAGUAAAAUCGCUUAGUCCAUAAACACAUUUCAUAGUUUAACUUAUUUCAAUUCCAUACAUGGAUAAAAUGUUGUCAUAUUUCAAAGCAAUUACUUGUUUUGAAUAUCUUUUGUGAGAUACGCUUCGACUUCGACGAAGAGAGAUUCUCUAUUGGUGCAUCGUGAAAAGAUUGAAAGGACCACCCAUGAAAGACCCUGACGGAGGAGUGAAGAUGGCGUGCAGCUCUGUAGCCUUGGCGUUGGUGUUGUGGAUAGUAGUUCAGUUCAGCAGCCAAUCAGGUAUGACUGCUGUUCUAGAGGCUGCUUCAGCUGUCAGGAUGCCAGUCAACACCAUCCAGUCAUACCUUAAUAACUAUGCAGACUGGCACAGUUCUGACAGAGUGAGAAGAGGGGCCAAACGUCUCCCACAGCUAGAAAACAAAGAGCUUCACUCGACCAUUUCCUUUGUGGAGAAUCAGUUGACCAUGAUGGGAAGACACGAGAAGAACAUCAUGAGCUCAGAUGUGAGGGUAAAGCUAGGAUCUGUGCUGCACGGAGCUUACAUCGAGUCUCUGCCAACGUCUGAUGCUCUCGUCCAUGGCAAAGAUGCAUUUGUGGCACUGAAAGCCAGCCAGCAUAUUGGCAGCAAGUAUUGUAACAGACUGGGCAUCGACGACAGAAACUGUGCUUUGCUAGUCUCAAAAUUUUCGCUCAACCCAACGAGUCUUGGAACCAAGUGUGCCAACCAUUACCGUCAGGCAGUGUUUUGCUCAGAUGUUGCAAAGUACCGGACCAAUGAUGGUUCUUGCAACCACCCCCACCAUCCUGCUUGGGGUCAGGCACUCACUGCCUACAGUCGGUUCCUACCCUCGCAUUAUGAUGAUGGGUUCCAGAAACCUCGAGGUUCGACUCUUACCAGAGAGCUGCCGAGUGCUAGACUGAUCAGUACGACCCUGAGUCAAGGGCUGGACUCCCCAGACACAAGUAUCACCUUGGCAGCCCUUCAGUGGGGCCAGUUUGUGGCAGAAGAUAUGACACACACAGCUGUUUCAAAAAUGUGGACCACUGGAGGGAGCAUUGCCUGCUGUGAUGUUGAAAACCGUAAGCUUUCUCCUCGGCACGUCCAUCCCCUGUGUUUCUCCAUUGAGAUUCCCUCUGAUGACCCGGUGUAUUCAGCCAGCCGACAAAGCUGCAUGUCAUACGUCCGCAGUCUUCCAGCCAUGCGAUCUGAUUGUACAUUCGGCCCUUUGGAACAGCUGAACCAAGCAACUCAUUUACUGGAUGGCUCUAUGGUGUAUGGCAACAGUGUAGAGAAGGCCAACUCUCUAAGAUCUCGAGUGUUUGGGCGACUACGGACUGUACUCAAACAUGGCAGAGAGUUUCUUCCCACUAUCGACAACCUCAAUGUCAACUGUCAUGUCGGAAAGAAUAGCACAUGCUAUCAGACUGGUGACACAAGGGUCAAUGUUCAACCCCAUCUCGCAGUGAUGCACACGUUGUGGGUGAGAGAACACAACCGUGUUGCUGAAAGGUUGGCAGCCCUGAACCCCCACUGGAGUGAUGAGCGGCUCUACCAGGAGGCUCGUAGGAUCGUAGUAGCUGAGAUUCAACAUAUCACUUACAAUGAGUGGCUUCCUGCCGUUUUAGGUCUGAAAUUCAUGAGGGGAGAGCCAUUGCUACAGCCCAAAGCUUCAGGUUACAGCAACCUGUAUAAGGACAACGUGAACCCUGGAGUCAGUAACAGCUUUGCCUCCGCUGCUUUGCGAUCAUUUAACUCCAUGUUGGAGGAUCAAGUCAGGUUGUACAAUGAGCAUCGCAGCCCGAUGAUAGAACCGAUGAAUCUGCAGAGAUUGCACAGCCGAGAGACGAUGCACAAGGAUGACAAGUUGGAUGCUCUUGUGCGAGGUUUAGCCACUCAGAGCGCUCAGAAGAUGGAUCUUCACCAUUCACACAGAUUCCAGCACAAGUUGUUCUCUUUGUCGGAAGAUGCAAGUUGGGGCUUGGACGGCCUAAGUCUGGACAUACAGAGAGGACGAGACCACGGAUUGCCUUCCUACAACUCAUUCCGAGACAAAUGUGGCAUUAGGAAGGCCAGAUACUUUGAUGAUCUAGCUGACACUAUUCCUACCCAGACAAUAUCCCAGCUGAAGAAGCUGUACAAGAGUGUGGACGACAUAGACCUGUUGGUGGGAGGAAUGGCAGAAUACGCGUCUGAGGGAGUGGUAGGCCCUGUGUUCAAGUGCAUCAUCGCAGAACAGUUCAAACGAACCAGAACUGGUGAUAGAUUCUUCUAUGACAAUGGCUUUGUACCCGGUGCCUUCACUGAAAGUCAAUUAAACGAGAUCAAGCAAGCAACGUUGGCCCGAGUGUUCUGUGAUAAUACCAACAAUGUUCUCACCAUGCAACCAUAUGUGUUCAACAAGCCCCUUACCCCAAGCAAUGAUUUGGCAGCAUGCAGUGAGUCAAUAAGGAUUCGGCGCAUGUCGUUGGACCCUUGGCUUGAAGAACCCCCUCAUAGUGUGUUGGAAGGCAUCUAACCAAUUCAGAUAUUGUUUUGUUACUAGUCAGGGGGUUUGAAAACCCCAGCAAAGGUACAAGUAAAAUUUAACUCUGUUUUAUCAUAAAUAACAAUGUGUGAAAGUCAAUUGAAAUAUCUUUUAGAGUGAGAGGCUCAUUUUUUAAUUUACUCUUUUACAGAUCUUUUAUUCUGAAACUGUAUUUCAGUUCUUGAUCAAUGGGUUUUAUAAACAAUUUUAUCAUUUAUCUUUCUUUCCGAUAUAAUAUAGCUUCUAAGCGAGAUUAUAUAAUGCAAUCUAUUUCUGUUACCUUUAAAUACUCUAUAGAAUCAGUGGCUUCAGAUUUGUCCAAAUCCAGUGAAGACCAUUUAGAUAAUAAGAAUAUGAUCUCAAGUACCUGAACAACUUUGAUGUUUUUAAUACUUUUCUAGUAAUAAUUCACAUUCCACAUAAUCAUUGCAAACAAAAUAAUUAGUUUUAAUAAUCUGAUACAUGACAACAUGUCAUUGGCUGUAUAUUUUGAGCAAAUAUGCUAAGGCAGAGCUUUGUUACCGUUUAUAACCAAAAAUAUGUGACAAGUAUUAGUUUAGUUUAAGUAGGAC